AUGAUUCAAGCAACAACAUCGUUCUACAAGACCUUGUGGGACUACUGGGGCGUUAUUAUCCACGAGGAAGAAAAUACUCAACUGAGAGACGGAAUUUUCAAGGGGCUCGAUCGGGCUUUACGGGCAUAUCUCAACAGUCUCACAAAGUUCCAGGCGAAAAAGACCCAAGAUGUGUCCGCAUCUGAUCCUGACUUGAUGGAUCCGCGAGACAGACUCAUCCAGUCUCAACGCGAAAUUAUUGAGCGACAAAAUGGAGGAAUCAAAAGAGCUUGCGAGCUCAUCGCAGAGGGUUUGUACAGAAGCCCUCCUGAAAAAGACGUCAACGCAAACGCACAAAAUGAUCCGUCUCGACGUGAGUCCUACGAACUUGAAGAACCACACGAAAAAAGAUCUGAAAUUUCGAAGAAAACUAUCAAACAAUUACACGCAAGCCCUUCCAAGUGCGAUAAGAUGACAGAAAGCGAGCUCCCGAAGGAAAUGCAAAAGAUCAACUUACAGCUAGACGCACAUGCGCGAGGACUGAGAUCUGUAGAGACUACUGUGAAUUCCAUGGUAGAAAAGGUUGAUAGGAUUGUGGAUCAACUUAAGAAAAACGAAGAGGAAAAGAUGCUUCGGGUCCUAAAGAAGAAGUAUUCUGAGAUCAAUUUUGACAGGCUCGACUCUUCGGAUUCCUCUUCUGUCAAAAAUCAUACAAGUGGCAAGCCUAUGACGGCGCAGAUUUACUUGGAUAAAGCUACAAAGAUAAUGGAGCGCAUACGAGCCGAACGAACCGAACUUUUUUCAAGGCCUGGAGCCACGAGGGAACAAGAAUCUGACGGAGACAGCGAAGAAGAUGACUUCAGUUGUGAUGACGAAUCUACUCGCGAAGGGUUCUCUCGACCUCCGGGCCAAGAUCGUACCAACUUGGAUCUCCGCAAAAUGCACGAGCCCAAGGAAUUGAAUCCUCAAAUUCCCAAUUACCUCAAGCAAUAUCAAGGAAAAGAGGAUGGAGAAUUCGAUGCCACUGAACCGGCAUUGUCGUUCAACCAAGAGCUAAAGCCAGAUUCUUCUGGUUCCCGGCGAUCUCUUUCAAGCUCCAGAAAUUCGGUACACUCAGGUUCUUGGGGGGAUGAUGAUGAUUGGGGACCCCCAAAGAUGCAUGGGGCACAAUAA